AUGAGCUCUACUUUUCCUUCUCUCCAGUGCGUCGAUCCGGAAAUCUAUAAACUUUGUAAAGAUGAGGAAUCCAGACAGCGAGACUGUAUCGACCUUAUCGCUUCGGAAAACUAUGCUAGUAAAGCUGUUUUGUCCGCACUUUCUUCCACAUUUCAUAACAAAUAUUCUGAAGGUGUUGUUGGAGCAAGAUACUAUGGCGGUGUUGAAGUUGUUGAUGCGAUGGAAACCAUUUGCAAGGAGCGUGCUCUCAAGCUCUUCGGAUUAUCACCUUCCGACUGGGGUGUAAAUGUUCAACCUUAUAGUGGUUCUCCUGCCAAUUUGGCUGUGUAUAUGGGUUUGGUUGGACCUCAUGGGCGCAUCAUGGGUCUAAAUUUGCCUGAUGGCGGCCAUCUUACUCAUGGCUUCUUUACUUCAAUGGGAAAAAAGAUUUCGGCUUCUUCACUCUUCUUCGAAUCAUUGCCGUAUUGUAUCGACAGCGAGACUGGUCUUAUUGAUUUCAAAACUCUCGAGGUUACUGUUAAGUUGUUUCGUCCUCGUCUCUUAGUUGUUGGUGCCAGUGCCUAUCCUCGCAUACUCGAUUAUGGGCUUUUUAAAAAAAUUGCUGAUUCUGUUGGGGCUCUAAUGAUGGUAGAUAUAGCUCAUAUCAGUGGUCUCAUAAGCAGCGGCAUUCAUCCAUCGCCAUUUGAUUAUGCUGAUGUGGUCACCACGACAACCCACAAAACUAUGCGUGCAGCGAGGGGUGCCAUGAUCUAUUAUCGUCUUCGUAAACCCGCGAAUCCACCCAAAACAAUAGGAGCCAAAGAUAACACCAACAUCGGCUCAUGUACUACCAACGGAGUGAAAAAUGGUUAUGCUUCGAAAAUUAAAUAUUGCGGCUUUUUCAUUGAUUUUAAGGAAGGGGAUUAUACAGUUUAUUUGCCAACUGACUUUAAACAACGCAUAGACGAUGCUGUCUUCCCAGGUCUUCAAGGGGGUCCCCACAACAAUAACAUUGCUGCGAUUGCUGUUGGUCUCCAUGAGGCCCUUCAGCCUACAUUUUCGGACUAUAUUCACAGGGUUGUCAUGAAUAGUAAGCGCCUUGCCUGUAAACUGCAAGAAUUCGGCUAUACGAUAACCACUGGUGGCACGGAUACUCACUUGUUUCUUAUGGACUUUCGUCCAUUGAAGCUUGAUGGUGCUCGUGUCUCCACAGUACUUGAAGCCAUGGGCAUUAUAACUAAUAAGAAUACCGUGCCCGGUGAUGUUAGUGCUCUCCGCCCAAGUGGAAUUCGUAUUGGAACACCCGCGGUGACUACACGAGGCUUCGGGCUGGAAGACAUGGACGUCGUGGCUGAGCUCAUUCACGCAGGUAUAAAAAUUGCACUUAAGGUCGCUUCUGGAGUGAAAACGCGUGCAAUAAAGGAUUUUAAGUCUGCAUUACUCAAUGACGCGGAAGCUCAGGCUGAAAUCCUAAAACGGAGAAAAGAGGUUGUUGAAUUUGCGCAAAAGUUCCCAUUGCCCACCGCUUUAUAA